GAGAUUACCAGUAUGUCUGCCUUUCUUGUCUGUACUCAGUCAAUAUCUACAGCAAACCCCAGCGACCUCCGCGAAAGCUUCCAUCAAAAUCAUAGCCAAAGAGAACCAUACCUUUACCUUCACGUCAGCUACCGCUCGCGAUGACCAACAGGCGACAACGGACACACUUCGCAAAUGGAUUGAGGCUGCCAAAAAUGCUGCAUCUGCCCCAACACCUGCACCGGGCACACCAUCUGCCGGUAACGGUGCUGGGGCCUCAGGUUCGAUGACAAUGGCCCAAACGGUAGCUGCAGCGGCAGCCGGCUCCGCAAAAGGCGAUGAAGAUAAAUACGAUGGUGCAGCUUUGCUCAAGGAUAUCAAACUACAACAGUCAUUGCUAAACUCGAACCCCUCUCUGCGCCAGCGAUUCGAUCAAGCCUAUAAAGAGAAGCCAGAGUCCAUUGGACCUCAGCAGUUCAUGACGCAAUUUUGGGAAAACCGCGUUCACCUUCUUCGCUCGCACGCUGUUGAAACCAGCCAAGGCGUCGGAAAGUACAACGUACUCGCUGCGCUAAAGCCUCAAUAUGUCAAUGGAGAAAAGAAGAUGAAUUUGAGCAAGGAGCAGAUUCACAUCAUCUUUGCUCAACAUCCACUCGUACGGAAAGCAUACAAUGAGAAUGUCCCACGACGGUCCGAGGAUGAGUUUUGGUCUCAAUUUUUUGGCAGCAGAUUGCUCAAGAAGCUCAAGGGUGAAAAGAUAAACCCUGAUACAGAUCCCAUUGUGCCAUUCCUCGACAAGUAUCUUGAUUUAAAUGUCGAUACAGAUCCUCUGCAAAAUCAAGGAGCUCAGGAAUUGAUCGUUCCUCACUUCCUAGACGUUGAAGGUAACGAGCAGAACCAUAGCCAACGUCUAGGCAACCGACCGGAUUGGACCAUGCGCCCCAAUUCCUACGACAAGGUCCCAAUUCUCCGUACCCUCAAUCGAAUGAGUGAGAAAAUGAUGAAGGAUGUUCCGCCAGCGGACAUAGUUGAUCGUCAUGCUCCAGUCGGUAUGGAUGAAGAUACAUACAAGGAAUUGCAGCUCCGCGAUCUGCAGCGCGCGGAAGCAGACAACCGUGUCGUACUGAAAGUAAAGGACCAAGGGCGUCUAUUUGCGAUUGGCCAAGGACUUCACACGUCAUCCAGUGCAUCUACUUACGCCAAACGCACACCAAGCCAGGUGCUGUCGACGAUACAUAAAGACUUGAAUACUAUAUCGCCUGGUGCAGCGCUGAAUUUAGAGUCAGCUAUCGGAAUUGACGAAGAUAGCAGUAGCGACGAGGAGAGUGGCUCGCGAAAGAAGGCCAGAGUCGGAAGCAAAUCGACACGGACCGCCGCCACUUCCGAGAUCGUCAAGGCUAUCAAAAAACGCCAUACCUACGAUGACGAUCUUUUAUCAUCUCAAGAUACUGUGUCGAAUGAGCAAAUUGCAAAGUUGGGGGUAUCAAGGUCUGUAUUUGACACACUCUCCAUGACCCAUAACACGACUGUAGAGUUUUUGCAUUAUUUCUGGGCUGUAUAUUAUUCAGGGGAUGCAGAUCGUGCCAAUGAAGUCGCAAGGCUCGUCGAGACAUUGGACAAGUCCCUCGACAGGAUCAAGGCUGUCGAAACAACGGCUGAGCUUGAGCGUACGGCAAAAAUAGAUCAGCUCCGUAAAGACAAUGAGGCGUUCACUCAGCGAACUGGCAGAAGAAGGAAAUUUGACCCCAACAGCAUGCCUGGAGGGGCCAAGGCAGUCAACGAUAUUAUGACUCCUCUCACUAGAGCUAUCCAGUCCGCAAUUGACCAGUACAGGAAAGCCUUACAGGAACAAAUGAGCCAGCUUCCUACCUCUUGAAUUCGAAUGCUGAGCGGUCACUGAGCGGUAAUUGACAGGGCAAUGCGUAUCGCAUCAUAGCAUAGCGGCGGCGUUCGGGUACAUGCAAUAGAUCUUGAUAAUUAUUGAACACAUCACACGAUUUUUCCAUUGGUGUUGGGAGGUACUCAAACCGAUAUCUAUCAGAC